UUUUUUCCUCCUAGCGUCCUCGGAGUGGCUGCAGGGCGUGCUGGAGACCGGGGGUGAAAAGAGCCAUUAUGGAUCCAGAGGUACUCCGUGAUGUGACCAGAGGCUAAAUCCUCUAAAGAGCGUAUGUGACCUCGCCUUACUACACAGAGUGACAGUACAAGGACACAUCUGGCUGCUCUGAAGAUGUCUGGUUCUACCCAGCCAGCUACUCCAAGCAGGAGGGGGGCAGAUUCCAGAUACCCCUCACAUGCCAUAUCUUAUUCAAUGCAGAUACCCCGCACACAUACGGAUGCAAAUCUUUUAGAAUAUCAGCACCACUCGAGAGAUUUUAACUCCCAUAUCGCCCAUGGAUCUGUCCUCAUACCACCAAGGAGGAGGCCCUCUCUGCUCUCUGAAUUCCAGCCAGGGAUUGAAAGAUCCCAGGAGAUGCAAAGAAGAGGGGAGCAGCAUCAUUACAUGUCUGAAAUGAGCAAGCAACAGGAUAUGGAUAUGGGAGAGUCGAAGCGGCCCAGGCUGGAUCUGCUGCAAGAUCAACUGAUUCGACAUUCACCACUGAUCAAUCAGAACCAACACGGAUCUGGUGAAGACCACAGCAAGGACCGCUGCCUGACUGGGAAGCUGGAGCCCGUAUCACCCUCCAGUCCACCCCAUAAAGAUGGAGAACUGGAUCUUCUACCAGCCAGGCUCUCCAAGGAAGAGCUCAUACAGAACAUGGACCGGGUAGAUCGGGAAAUCACCAUGGUAGAGCAGCAGAUCACCAAACUGAAGAAGAAACAGCAACAGUUAGAGGAGGAAGCCGCCAAACCGUUAGAGCCUGAGAAGCCCAUCUCCCCUCCGCCAAUUGAAUCAAAACACAGGAGUCUGGUCCAGAUCAUCUAUGAUGAGAACAGAAAAAAAGCAGAGGCAGCUCACAGGAUAUUGGAGGGACUUGGACCUCAUGUAGAACUGCCGCUGUAUAACCAGCCUUCAGACACAAAGCAAUACCAUGACAAUAUUAAAAUAAAUCAGACCAUGCGCAAGAAGCUCAUUUUGUAUUUUAAGAGAAGGAAUCAUGCACGCAAGCAGUGGGAGCAAAAGCUCUGCCAACGAUAUGACCAGCUGAUGGAAGCCUGGGAGAAAAAGGUGGAACGCAUUGAAAACAAUCCACGAAGACGGGCCAAGGAGAGCAAAAUCCGAGAGUAUUAUGAGAAGCAGUUUCCAGAAAUCCGCAAGCAGAGGGAGCUUCAGGAACGCAUGCAGAGCAGGGUAGGACAGAGGGGAAGCAGCCUGUCCUUAUCUGCGGCACGCAGCGAGCACGAAGUGUCAGAAAUUAUUGACGGCCUUUCAGAGCAGGAGAACUUAGAGAAGCAGAUGCGUCAGCUGGCAGUCAUCCCACCCAUGCUGUUUGAUGCAGAGCAGCAGCGAAUCAAGUUUAUCAAUAUGAAUGGCCUGAUGGAUGACCCCAUGAAGGUGUACAAGGACCGUCAGGUCAUGAACAUGUGGAGCGAACAGGAGAAAGACACCUUCAGAGAGAAGUUCAUACAACAGCCAAAGAACUUUGUGUUCAUUGCAUCGUUCUUGGAGAGGAAGACCGUGUCGGAUUGUGUCCUUUUCUAUUACCUGACAAAAAAGAACGAAAACUACAAGAACCUUGUAAGAAGGAAUUACCGGCGCCGGGGUAAAAAUCAGCAGCAGAUGCCACGGAAUAACCAAGAAGAGAAAGAUGAAAAAGAGAAGGAGGCCGACAAAGAGGAAUACAAGCAGGAUCUGGAAAAUGACAAAGAUGAGCUUGGAAAAGAGAAGAAUGAUGAUACAUCAGGUGAAGAAAAUGAUGAUAAAGAAACAGUAACAGCCAAAGGUCGCAAGACUGCAAACAGCCAGGGCCGCCGGAAAGGUCGAAUUACGCGCUCCAUGGCCAAUGAGGCAAACGAAGAAUCCUCUGCUCCACAGCAGAAUGCAGAUUUGGCUGCCAUGGAGAUGAAUGAAAGCUCAAGGUGGACAGAAGAAGAAAUGGAAACUGCCAAGAAAGCUCUGUUUGAAUAUGGGCGCAACUGGUCUGCCAUUGCCAGGAUGGUGGGCUCCAAGACCGUAUCCCAGUGCAAGAACUUCUACUUCAACUACAAGAAGAGGCAGAACCUAGAUGGCAUCUUACAGCAGCACAAACUGAAGAUGGAGAAAGAACGGAACAACAGACGUAAGAAGAAAAAAGCUGCUCAGAUGGAAGAGGAGGUUCCGUAUCCUCGUACUGUGGAGGAUGAAGAGAUGGAGGCUUCUGGAAUGAGCGGUAAUGAAGAGGAAAUGGCGGAGGAAGGAGACCCUGCUGUUAAUAACAGUUCGGACACAGAGAGUGUUCCUUCACCAAGGCAGGAGGCCAAAGAGAGCAAAGAGACCGAACCCAAGCCAACGGGAACCUCUGUUGAGGAAGCCACCCGUGAAGCGCCACCCAAUCCAAGUAACACUGAGCAGUCCCAAGAGGGGACCUGUAAUAAUAACAAGGAGGAGGAAGAGCAGCAGCCUAAAGAGGAAACGGAGUCUAAUGUGAUUAAAAAGGAGAUGGAAGAGGAGGGAAAGGCCUGCGAGGAGUUCCCUAAGAGGGAGGUAAAACAGGAGGAGCCGGAGGAGUGCAAAGAGAAUGUGCUAGAAAAAUCGGGGGAGCAACAGAAAGAGGGACCACCUAAAAUGGAAAAGAAGAACAGCAAGCAUGAAGGCAAGGCCAAUGUCGACAGUGACUCCAGUGCUACAUGCAGUGCAGAUGAAGCCGAGGAGCAAGACCCUGCUGACAAAAACAGGUUGCUGUCCCCCAGGCCCACUCUGCUAAGUACUGGCAGCGAUGCCCAUAUGAAGGCCUCACCACAGAAGCCAUUGGACCUGAAACAGCUGAAGCAGAGAGCGGCUGCCAUUCCAUCCAUAAUUUCAGAAGGCUUCUCAGAGUCAGCUCAACCAAGUGCCACAGUGAAACCUCAAAUGACUCCUCACGCUCUGGCCCUUUACCAAGAACAGAUUACCAAGGUCCAUGAAUCAGCCCUAGAAGGGCCAGUACCCACCAAACAGCCUCAGCCACACAUCCCACCAGAAAGGGAACAGCAGACAAUCAGUAGCCCCAAAGCGAAGAGUAAAAGCCCUGUGACUGGGGACAAGGAUGAUAAGGCUGCGUAUGUGGCGAUACAGACAGAAGGCCAGCGGUUGAGUGCAGAGCAGCCAUGCAUCCCACACUGGCCCCCGACUACCCUGCAGUAUCAAGUGCCUGCCCGAGAGUUGAUAAAGCCUCCCUCCCAGCAUGAUCCUGGAUUCCAGUAUAACCCCCAAGUUCACCCAAUGCCACUAAACUUGCAUGACACUUCACGAGUCCCUCGGAUUUCCAGCAUAUCGAAUCCCCCGCCGCUCAUUUCCUCCAGCAAACACACAGCUGCUAUUGAGAGAUCCAUGGGUUCCAUAUCUCAGGGCGUUCCGAUACCUCUUCAUGCCCCAUAUGGUUCUGAACAUGCAAAGGUCCCGAUGGGUUUACCAUUGAGCGUGGAUUCUAAAAAACUGGUGCCUUUUCUAGCUGUGAAACAGGAGCAGCUCUCUCCCAGAAGCCAACAGAGCCAACCAGAGACCCUGGUGAUGCAGACUGCUCAGGAGGGAUCCAUAUUUAGAGGUACAUCUCAAGGAGGCAGUCUCACCAAGGGAAUCCCAAGCAAUAAAGCACCCCAAGAUCCUCCAGUAAUGUACAGAGGUUCUAUCACCCACGGCACACCCGCUGAGGUGCUCUACAAAGGGACUAUAACCAAAAUCAUGGGAGAAGACAGUCCUGGGCGAGUAGAACGGCUGCGAGAUGAGGCGCUGUCCAAAGGCCAUGUCAUAUAUGAAGGCAAGAAAGGCCAUGUCCUGUCUCUUGAUGGCAAUUCAGUGUCUCACACCUCCAAAGAGGACAGUCGAGGAGGCAUCUCCUCUCAUGAAUCCAGUGCCGCUAAACGUACUUAUGAUAUGAUGGAAGGGCGAAUUCCACGAGGUUUACGGGAGUUGCCAGCUGGUCCCAUUGAGGGUUUAAUAGGACGAGCAAUCCCAGGUGACAGACACAGCCCCCACAGCAUGAAGGAACAGCAACAACAUAAUAGAGGCUCCAUAACACAGGGGAUUCCUCGAUCCUACAUGGAGGCUCAAGAGGACUACCUUAGGAGAGAAGCCAAGCAACUGAAGAAAGAAAGCACUCCACCACGUGGCCUGUCUGAAAGCUACAAAAUAAGACCACAUGAAGGACUUUCUGGCCCUCUAAAGAUGAAGGGCCAUGAAGCCAUGGUGGCAACAGUAAAGGAACCAGGGAGAUCUGUCCACGAGAUACCCAGGGAGGAGAUGAGACGUACACCUGAGAUUCAGGUCACGUCUAGGCCACAUAAGGAGGGUUCAAUUACACAGGGAACACCUUUGAAGUACGACAGUAGCUCUUCUGUCAGUGCCAAAAAGCACGACGUCCGAUCUAUAAUCAGUAGUUCUGGUCGUCCUUACCACAGUCUUCAUGCGAUGGAGGUUUUGCAAGAUCCCAGAACUAUGGAGAGAGUGUGCUAUGAGGAGGCAAUGAAAAGCCGACCCAGUUCUGUCACUUCCUCCGGUGGCUCCAUAACUAGAGGUGCUCCUGUGAUUGUACCCGACCCUGGGAAACCAAGACAGUCUCCUCUUUCCUAUGAAGACCAUCAGAUGGCCCACAGUGCUUCUUUCAGCAGCCAUUUGAACAGAGGUUCUCCAGUGACUACAAGGGAGUCUGCACAAAGACAGCAUGACGGAAGCAUAACUUCUGGAAAACCGGUGACUCAAGAGAGGAAGAGUACCCCGAAUCCCAGAGAAAUUGCUAACUCAAAGUCCCCUCACACCACAGUCCCAGAGCACCUUCACACCAUUUCGCCCUAUGAACACUUACUGCGUGGCGUCAGCCCGGCUGACCUCUAUAGAGGUCACAUACCUUUAGCAUUUGAUCCUGCAGGAAUUCCUAGGGGAAUCCCAUUGGAAGCAGCUGCAUACUACCUGCCUAGGCACUUAGCCCCGAAUCCUGCCUACCCCCAUCUUUACCCUCCAUACCUCAUUCGUGGAUAUCCAGACGCGGCAGCCAUGGAGAACCGACAGACCAUCAUCAAUGACUACAUCACAUCCCAACACAUGCAUCACAAUGCAGCUGCGGCCACGGCCAUGGCACAGAGGGCGGACAUGUUGCGUGGGCUACAGCAGAGGGAUUCUCCGCUGGCGCUAAACUACACAGGUCCUCGAAGAAUCAUAGAUCUUUCUCAAGUGCCACAUUUGCCUGUCCUCAUACCUCAAUCCGCAGCCUCCUCUUCGGGAGCCUACAUGUCCGGCACCCCUCAAACUUUUAGCAGCCGACACAGCAACUCACCACUUUCCCCAGCAACCACCACACACAUGACCAAACAGACCUCAUCAACCUCCGAGCGAGAACGGGAAAGAGAAAGAGAAAAAUCAGUGCUGACAACUACUGUGGAGCAUGCGCCUAUAUGGAGACCUGGCACGGAACAGAGCAGUGGACGUUUGCCUGGACAGAGCCACAGCCACCAACACUCUCCAGCAUCACCACGGGCUCACGAGAAUGUCCAGCAACGCCCAAGUGUUCUUCACAACACUGGCAUGAAAAACCUGAUGACAAGCACAGAAAGUGCAACAACCUCUGUAUUACGCUCAUCUUCAAGUUCAUCACCCAUCCGAUCCUCCAUGCAGUUCACUACAGCUUCUCACCGCUCAGCCAGUGGACCUGAGAGCUACCAAUCUGUGGAUCAUUCAAUGGUACAGAAGGAGAUAAGGGCCCGUGAGGUCAAGGUAGAUCGUCCCAGGAAUGAACAUUUUUACAACUCCAAGCUGCAACCUGUAGCGGUCGAACAGACAUCACCUAUUAAGGCCAUGGAGUCCAGGCCUCUUUCCACAAGUGGAGCCAGUUCCACUCACCACUAUAACAACGUACAGGGGAAAAACCAACAUCAUCACCCCCUGGACCAGACUGCAGUGUCAGCCAGUGAGCAGCACAAUAGGGACAAGACCCCAAAUAAGCCCUUUUCCAUGCAGGAACAGGAGCUUCGAUCACUCGGUAAGACCACCAUGACAGCGGCCAACUUCAUAGACGCCAUUAUCAUGCGUCAAAUUUCUUGCGAUAACGGGAAGCGAGAAAGAGGUGCGAUAAGUAUCGACUCCAGUAGUGAUGGAUUUCCCACAGGGUACAGCCCUGACAGACGUGACGCUGUUAGCCCAAUGAAUACACCCGGGCUGUCUCAUGAGAAGGGCAUCAGAGUUUCUGUGCAGGACUCAGAAGGAGCACGUGUGGAGCAAGAAACUCGACAUAAGCAAGCAUCCAUAAAGCAUAUAUCAGAAGGACAUAUACGACAGAAAUCAGAAGGUCAGCACUCACCGUGUCAUGCCCCGCAGUCUUCUCUUAAAAACCAAAGAGUGGUUACCUUGGCUCAGCAUAUUAAUGAGGUGAUUACUCAGGAUUAUACUCGGCACCACCCCCAGCAACUGAACCCGCAAAUCCCUGCACCGGUAUAUUACUCUGGAGCCGGCUGCCCCGUGUUGGACCUGCGGCAGAAUGCCAGCGACAGUGUCCUUCAACAGCAAGAACAGAGCCAGGCUGCAAGAAUUUCCCCUGGGAGCAACGGAGAAAAAAGAUCUCCUGAUCAAAACAAAGCUUCUACGUUGAGUGGAUCAGAAGAUGGUAUCGACCCCAUAUCUCCACCAGAGGGCAUGGGAGACCCUGAGUAUACUAGGAAUACCACAUACCCCACUUUAUAUAGAGAGGGAGAUCAAACAGAACCAAGAAUGGGUUCCAAGUCCCCAGGGAGCAGCUCACAGCCCCCAGCGUUCUUCAGUAAGCUGACCGAGAGCAACUCUGCUAUGGUUAAGUCCAAGAAACAGGAGAUCAUAAAAAAGCUUAGUACAGCCAACAGGAAUGAGCCAGAGUAUAAUAUUGGGCAGCCCGGAACAGAGAUAUUUAAUAUGCCGGCCAUCACUGGAGCAGGACCCAUUAGCUGCCGAACUCAGUCUGUGCAAGAGAACGCCAACAGCAACAUGGGACUGGAGGCAAUUAUUAGGAAGGCCCUAAUGGGUAAAUAUGACGAACAGUGGGAAGACCGCUCAGCACUCAGUACCAAUGCUUUUAACCCCUUGAAUGCCAACACAAGCCUGUCCUCUGCUAUACCCAUAACAACUACUGAUGGACGGAAUGACGACAUGCGAUCCUUGCCAGGUGGUGGAGGGAAACACAAGAUCUCCAGGCCAAACAGUAGGAAAGCCAAGUCACCUGCACCAGGCCAGCCUUCUGGAGAGAGGCCUCCCUCUGCAUCAUCCGUGCACUCCGAGGGCGACUGCAACCGGAAAACCCCCCUAACCAACCGAGUGUGGGAAGAGAGGCCAUCUUCAACAGGGUCGACGCCAUUUCCAUUCAACCCACUAACGAUCAGGCUCCCUACAGGUCUAGUUGCUGCUCCCCCUUCCUCAUCCAUUCCACAGAGUAACUCUGCCACCCCACAGAGGGCUCGGGAUGAAGAGCCUAAACCGCUGCUUUGCUCUCAGUAUGAGACUCUCUCUGACAGCGAGUGAAUCCUUGUUUUUGCGGCCAGCCAAUCAACUGACAAACUCUGGUCAUUACAGGAUCCCGCCUCUCUGACCGUUUGGAACAAAAGUAGCCAAUGGGAGACCUGGGAUCAAAAACAAACAUACACCUAUAGUAUGAAAAGCCUUAAAGUGACUCCUUACUCUUGACUUGAGGGUCAAUAUGUUUUUACAGUUUCUGAGACUGCUCAGGAAGGAGUAGAAGGUCCCAGACUUCACACAAGAUUGGAUUUUUUUCUGUUCUAUACUCAGGGGAUAUUUCCACCUGGUGCUUUGCUACAUUGCAUUGGUUUCUUAACAAAGCUGACUCGUAAGCGUAAUGACGUACUUCUGUGUACAAUGUAUAUGUAUGUACAUGUGUUCAUAUGCACUUAAAAUAUAUACACAUUCCAGUUUAUUGCACACAGACCUAGCAGUGCAGAGCGGCUGCAUGCACGGCUAACGCAGAACUGUUACCUAUUAGGUUUUGGAUCCUUCCAAAGGUCCCUUGGCCUAGAUUCUCUCCCGGAAAGCGUCAGCGGUAGUGCUGAUGGCACUUGACAUGUUUCCCUCAGCCCUCACCUCUACUUAAGGAAUGUUCCGCUGAAGGAUUAUUAGUGACAUGUGAAAUAAAGAUAAUACAUUUUGCGCAAA